CUUGUUAUACGGGUUGAGGAAAAGAACAACACGGUUAGGAGUUAUAGCGACUAUAAUUUUUUACAAACAAAAAGGACACUUCAAACAAGCCAUGGGGAAGUCUCUGUUUUCCUUGCCAAAGCAAAAAGAGGACCAGGAGAGCCUGACUGAAAACACAGAGUCUCACACUGAGGACAAUAAACAUGAUGUGUCACAGUUUCCAUAUGUUGAAUUCACAGGCAGAGACAGCGUCACCUGUCCUACUUGUCAAGGGACGGGAAGGAUACCUAGAGACCAAGAAAACCAGCUUGUUGCUUUGAUACCAUACAGCGACCAGAGGCUGAAGCCAAGACGAACGACAUUGUACGUGUCUUUAUCGGUCGUUCUGUGCCUGCUGCUUUCUGGUUUGGCUGUGUUCUUCCUGUUCCCUCGGACUAUUGAUGUCUCUUAUGUUGGAGUGAAGUCAGCCUACGUUACAUACAAUCGAGACCAGCGCAUAAUAUAUAUAAAUAUUACGAAUACCCUGAACAUCACCAACAAUAAUUACUACCCAGUACAAGUGGCCAACAUCACAGCGCAGGUGCAGUACUACAAGACUGUGAUCGGAAAGUCUGUCAUCAGUAAUCUUACCACUAUCACCCCACUGGAUAUGCAUCAGAUUGAUUACAUGGUUCCCACCAUCAUAGCAAAUGAGAUGAACUACAUAUUUGACUACUGUACCAUGCCGUCAAUUAAAGUGCAUAACAUUGUUGUCAUGAUGCAGAUGACUGUAACCGUCAUGUACUUUGGCCACGCUGAGCAGGUGUCUCAGGAGAAGUACAUGUACGUGGACUGUGGCUCAAACACCACGUCUUCACACAUACACAUGAGUGUGAUACAGUGACGUCCCUCUGUAUGAUGCACAGUUCCUUACGUUCUCAUGUGGUGAAACAAAACUUGUCCUGAGUGUUACGAAUGGCAGAAAAUGAAGUCUGCACUGUAGGGUGACAAUGUCAGGAUUGAUAAGCAAGAUUCAGCCAGAGCGCUGAUGCCUUUCUAUACCAUCAUUAUCGAUUCUUUAGCACUGCACUGAAGGUUUUGCUUGGAUAGACAGAAGCACUUUAGUAUAUUUUGGGAGAAGGGAUGACAGCAGCAGAAUAUUUUACUGCAAAGAGCUGCAAACACUCAAACCACUUUACUUUACUCCGUUACAGUUUUUCUGUACACUGUUUUCCUGUGCGUUUGUUUGGUAAUGUUCAACUGUGUGCUGCAAUUUCCAUUACAUCAUGCUCAUUUUAUUGUUAGUUAGCUCUUUGCAGAGCAGGUACUCUUUAGAUUUUUUUGAGUAUGGCGUUAACAUAAAUCAGCAUGCCAGCUUUCAGAAGUUCAUGAGUUUAUUUUGAAUCCAGCCUUUAAGACUGCAAAAAAUAAAUAAACAAAUAAAUAAAUUAAAUUUCACAAUUUCUGUUCAAAGGGGGGGGGGCGAAACCCCAAAAUAAAACAAAAAUGAAGUGGGCUGUUCUGAGGCCAGUACAAAGUAUUACAUGAAUCAGGUGUCAUAAUAAAAUAUUAAAUUAAGUAUAAAUUUACCUCAGCAGGUACGUAUCGAAUACCAUAUUAGUUAAGAAAUAAGGGAAUGAAAAAGAAGGAACAUUAUUAAUUUGGUAUUAUAAAAAUGGACUUCCGUUAAUUAUUCUUAAAGCAUUUCUUUCAUCACAUUUUAGUCAAAUGUGACCAUAAUUUUUUUCUGUUUGGUGUUGAUGUAGAUCAUUGAUAACUUAGAUGUUUCUCAUUCACUUUAACCCUUUUGCUCGUCUUGUUUUGUUGGAAUGGCACUUUUACAUCAAAACAUCUUUAAAUGGUAUUUUAUUUAAAUGUUAUUUUAAGGAAAGGAUUUAUCAAUAAAUUAAAUUUCUUUGG